GCGAUGGGUCGUUAUCGGUUUUUGAGAUAACGUAACGUAAGCGUUAUGUGAUUUCCAAUAACUAGUUUCUUAACUAGUGAUUUUUAUAACUAGUUAUUUUCACAACGUUCUGAAGCAAACGUGAUAAUUGUAACGUAAAAUCGUUUGGUUAGGUAGCAGUAUACUUGUCAUUACGAAUAUUGUAAAACCAGUGAUUUUGCGUGAGUAGUGAAAGUAGCCAAACAUCGACGCUAUGCCUUAAACAUAAGAGUGAAUUCGAUUUAACUUUAUGGCGUUGUGAUUAAAAGAGUUAUUGAAGACUGAUGCCUAUUUCGAUCGUUUAAAUGGCGUUAUGAAUAUCACUAGUUUUUGUUGUAGUGGAAAACGAGUGAUCACUGUUCGAGCUCGUAACUGCAUAUAUAACCAGUUAUGGUUAAUAACGCCCAUCGCUAUUUUCGAUGCGGUGCCUCACUCAGGUGCUGUGGUGAACAAGUGGUGGAGAUUCUUUUGAAUUACUUUAUCUUUUCUAAUAUAUAACAAAUUCUAUCUAAUUUUAGAUACAUUUUAUUGUAACAUUUAUUUAAUCAUCGUGCUAAGUGUUUAAAUAUUUUAUGGGUGAAAAUGUUCAAGCAAGAGGAAUACGCCCCGCUAUUGGGCAAUGAAGAAUAUAGUCCCAAUUCCAAUUUGGAGUACAUAUUGCCCGCGUCUCAGGAUUUCAUAAUGAAUGAUCUGAUGCAGCUUAUGCCUCAAGGGGGCUUGCCGGCUACCGACAUGUUGCUACUGCCUGCAGAACUUGAGGAUACGAUAGAUGCAAACACCAAGUUCGAGCUGGUCACACCAAAGUUCACACCGGUAUCCCCGCGCGGGCCGCCGGAGCGUGCGGUGUUCGCAGGCGAGCUGGACUUCCAAGUUGAGAUCAACGCCUCAGACACGCACAAACGAAAAUACCUGUACUCGGCCAUCCUCAACCGCAUCUACGUGGAUAUGAAAACGAACUUCUCUGUGACGUACCGCUGGGCCGCGGGUCGUGCGCCUGCGCCGCUGUACGUGCGCAGUGUCGUCGUGUUCUCCGACGAGUCCCAGGCUGAGAAGAGGGUGGAGCGAUGCACGCAACACACGCACGAAGUUACCAAUACUGGGAUAAGCCAGGAAAUAGUGAAGAAUGUUCUCCACUCGGCGCGUGAGAAGGGCACCCGCGGGGUGUACUACUGCGGCCGCGCCGACGAGGCCGACUCGUGGCUGUCAGUGCUGGUGGAGCUGCCCCCCGGGGCGGCGGGGGCGGCGGGCCACGCGUACCAGUUCGUCUGCAAGAACAGUUGCUCGAACGGCAUCAAUAGACGCGCCAUCGAUGUCAUAUUCACUCUUGAGGAUGCCAGCGGGCACGUGUACGGGCGGCAGGCGGUGGGCGCGCGCGUGUGCGCGUGCCCGCGGCGCGACAUCAGCCGCGACGAGGAGGCCGAGGGCGCCGCCCGGGGCAAGCGCCGCGCGCCGCACGACGCGCCGCCCCGGGGCAAGCGCCCGCGGGCUGACGACGACGCCGCGGUCGCCCUCACCCUGCCCGCGCUGCAAGUGAUCGGGACGAAGACAGCGGUGACAGGACUUGAAGUGAUGGUCAGCAUGAUGGAGCAGGCAGCUAGCUUCAAACGCAACGACCCGCAAGCCACCGAAAACUACAACAAGUGCAUAGCCAACCUCAAGAGCCAGAUAGAGAAACUUAAGAAGUCAUAAAUAUGCGCUAAGCUAUAGCACAAACUGACAGGAGCAUUAAACAGCCUAUAUCAAUUUCAAGUCAAAGAAUAGUACUAUGUAUGGAACCUUAUAGAGAAUACUCCACCACGCUGCGCCACUGCGGGCUAGUGAAGGUGUUUUUACAUUAUUGUUUAUUGAGACAAUGAGGUGAUUAGCGUCGGCCUUAGGGCGGUGCGAACGGUUCGACCGCACCGGGCGCCGAAAUGGGGGGGAUAAUCAACAAGACUGGUCCACCCUGGCCAGCAAACCCGUAUCUAAAGGGAAGCAACCACUGCAGGUGAUUCAAUCCUGCAAAGUCCCCACAAAGGACGGUCUCACAAAGUGGUUUCGACAAUGUCCCCAUCGGGAAUCGAACCCGGUCCCCUGAGGUUGAUUUAGGGGAGGCCUGUGUCCAGCACUGGGGCGUAGGCUGAUGUUACGUUAUAGAACGGUAACUCUCUACCCCGCACCAAUUCGUAAGUUGACUCUUCAAGAAGGUGGAUUGUCUGUAAUGAUGGGUAAUUUCUACUCUUCUACUUCUAUCGUGUGGAUUGUGAGGUGGAUUACCAACCCCAUCAAUUUCUACUAUAUGUAUGGUUAUAUAGGCUGUUUGCUAUGAAAAAGCUCUAGAUAGUCAGUUAUGUGACUGAAUACUUGUUAAAGUUUGAAUAAUAUGACGUAAGAAUAAAAGCAACGUCGGCCUCAAGUCGGGAUUGAUUUGAAAUGGAAAAUACCGAUUUAGUACAAAUGUUAUGACAUUGGUAUUAAGAAAUACACUUAUUUAGUAGAUAGGGCCAUAUUCUACGAUAUGGGAUGUGUGGUUCACAGGGGUUGUUUAAAAAACCAUUAUUUUUUUUACAGUGAAACUAAUUAUUGUUGCAUAUGUUUGGGCAAAUGUACAGUCAUGAGCAAUAUAAUGUACCCACUCUACCCACUUUAGGACUCUGUCGCACUAACAUAUUUGACAUUUAGUGAGACUUACAGUUCAAUUUGUCAAAAAAGUUAAUGUGACAUGGUACCAAAGUGUAUACAUAUUAAUGCUCGUGACCGUAUGACGGGUUUUCUAACCUCUAUAUUGAUUGAUACUUAUAAGCCUCGUAUCCGUUAGGCGGUUUUUUUCGAGCGACAUGUCCCCGGUGACAUCAGACUAUGUCGCCAGACUGCAAAUUGGUCAGUGGCGACGUCGCCAUACCUCAAAUUUGAUAUUGGCGACGUCGCCAGAUCUCAUAUUGGAGAGUGGCGAAGGUGUUUGUUUCCGCGGAGACGCUCAAGAAAUGUCUACUAAAUUUUGUUUCGUAUUGAAGAAACUUAAAUUUAUUUUAAACUGUUCAUUCAAUGAGGAAGCCUAAGACUUAUUUUAGAGCAUUUUUUUAGUUUAUUUUUAAAUAGGGUUAAACAUAAGUUGCUAUAGUUUUGUAAGUUUUUUAGUAAGUUCUCCUUUACCUACCAGUUUUUUUUUUCCAUUAAAUAUUACGGCUUUAUUGUACCACUGAAGAUUGUAUAAUUAUAAAAAUAUUUUACAUAUCGUCGCGUUAUAGAGAAACUGCGUGAGCGCUUUUUUGUAAAAUCACAAUCGACUUCUUCUAAUCCUGGAUUGAUACUAGCAUGAACAUUGCGAGAUUGUGUUAACAAAAAUCACAUCUGAAUGCGCUUACGUGGUUUCCUAAUUGCUUUAAUUGAUAGAUGUUACAAGUAAAUUUUUAAAUUUGUUCAGUGCCUUAAUAGAUUAUGUACCUCUAUGAGAUUAUUAAAUUGAUAUAAAAACCAAGAGUCGACAGGUAUAAGUUGUCAUACUAAAAUAAAUAAUGUUAUCCGUCAUUAUCGACACUGUGCUACAGGUUAUGAUCAACGUCAGGUAUUUUUCAAUAUUUUUUUAGACAAUUUGUCGCUCAUAUAAAUUUAAAACUUUUUAAGGCUUUUGUAUCUCUGUAGCCGUAGUAACACCGUCAUACUGCGCGCGAAAAUGAACCAAUGGAAUUGGAUUAUUUAUCGCUUAGCCGAUAGAGUUGAUGCUAUUAUCGCGUCGCGCGCGAUAUGCAGUUGCUAUUGGUCAAGUUAAGCUACUCAACAGUUUACCACCGAAGAUUUCGCCACAUAGCAUUAUAACUUUGAGUUCUAUUUGAAACUUUAUUUUAUAAUUCCUUUUUUUUAUAGGAUUUUUUACGUUCAGAGUAGUGUAUUUCGAAUUAUGUUUAGUUCAAGAUCUAUUUCCAGUAGAUUUCGGGAUUUGAUUGUUUUUUUAGUGCUAUGAAUGUGUAUUAAGCAAUUAUAGAUACCUUCCUAUGCUCCAUUAAAUAUAGCUUUAUUAAUCUGACAGCUGUCAGACACACUAACCUACACACACACUACACUUUGAUACUUGUCUCUUUUACACUAAGAUGUAUCUGCCUUGCUAUCAAAUUAAUCCAGCUAUGUUUGACAGAGUAUGGCAAUAGUUUUAUUAUUCUUGUAUUUUUAAGUAAAGAUGAAGAGGAAAUAACCAAAACCUAUUUUGUAUAUGCAAAAUAAAGUUUCAUAAAAUUCUAAA